UUGGAGCACGCGGAACACGCUCGGAACGGGCUACAACUAGAUAUAUCCAGGUGUCCCCUCGAGAUCAAGGAUUUACCAUCGUGCUCGCGAGCUUAGGUCCAGCUUCAAGGAUUCUCCGACUAGGCGACAUGUGGUGUCCUGCACUCUGGAUACUGGUGUUGGCGCUCAGCGAGCCUAUACUUGCCCACGCAGACAAAGUGGUGGUGGUGGUGCCGCAGCAGAUACGUCGCAGCCAAGCGCCAUUAUGGCGGUCGGGCGCGCCGAGAUACAGGAAGUCCUCGCACGAGCCGCAUUUCCGUAGACACCACGGACCGCCGUACUACCACAAGAAGCACGUAUACUCGAGCCCCUAUCCCCAUGGCGGCGAUGAUUUCGACCAAGGCCACGAGACCGUGAACCACGUGCAGAUACCGUACGGAAAGGGCAUCAAUCACGCGAUCUCCUUCGGCAAGGGGUACAUACCUUACGAUCAGAUUAAGGGCAGCUUCUCCUUGGGCAACGAAAAGUACCCGGACAGCCAGGAGCACAAGCAGUCGGAGCCGACCUACGAGCCGACCUCCUACUCCACGACCGGUCCAGAGUUCUCUUUAUCUGGCCAAUCGUACGAGUCCUCGCAGCCGGAGACCUUCUUCCCGGACCCGGAGACCGCGCUGAACUACAACGAGAGGCGGAACGACCGCAAGAAGCUGUACACGUCGAGGUCGAUCGCGAAGGACCUGAGCUUGAACCACCAGCUCGACCUCAGCGCCGCCAUCGACCAGGGGAAGGAGCAGCUCCUCCUUCUUCAGCAGAAGGCGACGGAGUUGUACCGCAGCCCGUCGCCUUAUCCCCAGGGAGACGUCGUGCUGCCGUCGGGCAUCCCGCCGGCGACGAUAGCCGGCAGCAAGGAAGGCGUCGUGAUCAGAGGCAGCGUGUCGUUGGACGACUACCAGCAGAAGCUGCAGGAAAUGACCAAGGUCUGGCCGCAGUACCUGGUGAACGGCGGUUCCCCGUUGGCCGGAGGUUACCAGGGUCAGCAGGUCUUCCAGAGCUACGCGGCGCCUCAGUCGACCUCGUCGUUCACCGGCUCCUUCAACUGGCCGCUGAACAUCGCCCAGCCGAAGCAAGGGUACGCCGUCAAAGAGGACACCAUGGAGCCGCCGCACGACUUUCGAGUCAUGCCCGUUCAGACCAGCCCUUUCCAAUCGUUCCCAGUACCCGUGAACGCCGCCGUCACGCCGCUCGUGCAGUCGGUGCACGGGUAGAGCGGAUCGUUAGGCUACUUUCUUGUUUUGACAUGCAUGCGGGAUGAUCGCCCAUGCGCAAUUAGGUUUUAGGUAGGGUUUAGCACUGACGAGAGCAUUCGGUGAUUCCGAAUCGCAGC